AAGUUCAAGCUGGAGCAGUUGCCGGACAGUCGCAAGAUGAAAACGGCAGCGAUUGCACUGUUCUACUUGGGAUUAUGGGUGAGCACGUCAACAUUAGUGCUGGGCAAGCGGUAUAUGCGCUGUGAAUUGGCUCGAAAGCUGCUGGAGCAGCACAGCUUUGAGCGCAGUCUGCUAUCCAAUUGGAUAUGCCUGCUGGAGCAUGAGAGCGAAUUAGAUACCAGCAAGAUAAGCACCACAUCGAAUGGAUCACGCUAUGGACUCUUUCAGAUUAGCAGUCGCCAUUGCCAGGACGGUCGACGUGGCGGCGUUUGCAACGUCAGCUGUCAAGAUCUGCUCGAAGAGAAUCUGAGGGAGGCAGCCGUCUGUGCCAAGCGAAUUCAAGCCGAGGAGGGAUUUCGACAUUGGAACGGCUGGCAACGCUAUUGUCGCAACACCCAAAAUCUGCCCAAUCUGAAGGUUAUAUGUGGCAUAUAAACUUACUCUAUCUAUAUACUCUACUAUUUUCAUACAUAUGUACUUAUCAUGAAUAAAUGUACAUGUUUUAUAUACCUACACAA